CAAUUGCCGAGAUUCUGGCAAGAGCUCUGCAAUGUUGGCAGGAAUGGCUAGAAAAAAAAGCAACAGGGGAGAAAAGUCAACUGGCUACUUGGACGGAGACGGGACCCUCACUAAUUACGUAUUGUCCACAUCCGUCUCUUACAAGUGGCAAUUAGGGUCAAGUGAAUAAAAGCGGUUGGACUUGGAGAGCGUUAGUAUUUUUGGAGUGCCCGACAAGAUGGCUCUGUGGCUCUUCCAGGGAUACCUGCUCCUGAGUCUCAUCAAAGCUUCUCUGCAAGGAGGAGUUCCUGGAGCAGGUGGGGUUCAAGGAACAUUAGGACGGCUCUUUCUUCCGAGUAGCUACUUCCGAGCUGCCGGAGUACCUGGCCAAGUUCCAGGGGCAGCAUAUCCCUACAAGUCUGCUCCUGGAGCCGGAAUUCUUGGUACUGGAGUUCCAGGUGCCAGUGUUCCAGGUGUAUAUCCAGGUGCAAGGAAUCAUGGCCUAGGAGUACUUCCUGGAGUACCAACUGGAACUGGUUUAAAAGCUAAACCAAGUGCUGGUGUUCAAUAUGGAUACCCAACAGGUUAUGGUAGCUUUGGAGUAGGAGUACCUGUUGGCUAUCCAGUUCUUUCACCUAAACUACCAGGUGGCUAUGGAAUUCCAUAUAGUGCUGCUGGAUAUGCAGCUGCCAAAGCUGCUAAAUAUGCAGGUGGUGUACCUGGAGGCAUUCCGGGAGCUGUUCGAGGAGGUGUUCCAGGUGGAUAUGCAGCAGCCAAAGCAGCUAAACUUGCAGGUGGCGUUCGAGCAGGAGUUCCUGGGGUUUCAGCUGGAGCCAUUCCAGGGGCUGUUCCAGGAGGUGUUCCUGGUGGAUACGCAGCAGCCAAAGCAGCUAAAUAUGGAGGUGCUGUUCCAGGUGGGAUUCCUGGGGUUUCAGCUGGAGCUGUUCCAGGCGGUGUACCGGCUGGUGUUCCAGGGGUUGUUCCAGACGGAUACGCAGCAGCCAAAGCAGCUAAAUAUGGAGGUGCUGUUCCAGGUGGGAUUCCUGGGGUUUCAGCUGGAGCUGUUCCAGGCGGUGUACCGGCUGGUGUUCCAGGGGUUGUUCCAGGGGUUGUUCCAGGGGUUGUUCCAGGGGUUGUUCCAGGGGUUGUUCCAGAUGGUUACGCAGCAGCCAAAGCGGCUAAAUAUGCAGGUGGUGUUCCAGGAGGGGUUCCCGGAGUUGCCGCUGGGGCUGUUCCGGGGGCUGUUCCAGGGGGUGUUCCAGGAGGGGUUCCUGAUGCAUAUGCAGCAGCUAAAGCAGCUAAAUAUGCAGGUGCUGUUCCGGGUGGAAUUUCAGCUGGUGCUGUUCCUGGUGCUGUUCCUGGGGUUCUUCCAGGUGGUGUUCCAGGAGGUGUUCCAGAUGGAUACGCAGCAGCCAAAGCAGCUAAAUAUGGAGGCGCUCUUCCAGGAGGGUUACCUGCUCCGGGGGCUGUACUUCCAGGGGGUCUUCCUGCUGGAUAUGCAGCAGCAAAAGCAGCUAAAUAUGGAGGGGCUGUUCCAGGGGCUGUUCCAGGAGCUGUUCCAGGGGCUGUUCCAGGGGCUGUUCCAAAGGGUGUCCCAGGAGCUGUUCCUGGUGGAUAUGCAGCAGCCAAAGCAGCUAAAUAUGGAGGUGGUGUCCCAGGAGGGAUUCCCUCACUUCCACUUGCAGCUGGUCUAGGGGGUCUUCCAGGGGGCGUUCCAGCAGGUGUUUAUGCGGCAGCCAAAGCAGCUAAAUAUGGAGGUGGCGUUCCAGGAGGGUUUCCUGCAGUUCCAAUUGGAGCUGGUCCAGGGGUAGCAGGUGUACCUGGUGGCUAUGGAGCAGCCAAAGCUGCUAAAUAUGGAGGUAUUCCAGGAGGUAUUCCAGGAGGUAUUCCAGGAGGUGGUGUAGGGAUUAGACCAGGAGUCAUUCCAGGUGGAUAUGCAGCAGCUAAAGCUGCUAAAUAUGCAGGAGGAGUUCCGGCGGGUGCACUUGGAGGUUUUCCAGGGGGUGUACCUGGAGGUGUUCUUGGAGGCCUACCAGGUGUAUACAGGGCAGCUAAAGCUGCUAAAUAUGGAGGUGGUGUGCCAGGAGCUUUACCUGGAGUCUUUCCAGGGGGUGUAAUUGGAGGUGUUCCAGAUGGAUAUGCUGCAGCUAAGGCUGCUAAAUUUGGAGGAGGAGUACCAGGAGGCGUUCCAGGUGUAUUAACUAGAGGCUUUCCAGUAGGUGUCCCUGGAGGACUUCUAGGUGGAUAUGCAGCAGCUAAAGCCGCUAAAUAUAGAGGAGGUGUCCCACAGGACUUAAUUGCAGGGGGUGUGGCAGGUGGAGCUGCUGCAGCUAAAGCCGCAAAAUUUGCAGGUGUUCCAGGAGCUGUUCCAGGAGCGGUACAAGGAAUACCAGGAGCAGUUCCAGGUGCUGGAGUAGGAGUGAAACCAGGAGUUAUACCAGGUGGGGUAGCUGCAGGUAAAGCAGCUAAAUAUGGAGCUGGCCCAGGAGCUGUACCUGGAGUUCAACCAGGAGUUGUACCUGGAGUUCAAACUGGAUCUGUAGCAGGUGUCCCAGGAGAUUUAGCAGCUGGUUAUGCAGCAGCUAAAGCCGCUAAAUAUGGAGGUGGUGGAGUGGGCGUGCAGCCUGGCGAUGGAGUGGGCGUGCAGCCUGGCCUUGGACUGGGUGUAACUGGAGUUCGACCCAGCAGUGCUCCUCUGACUCCCCAACCAGGUGGAGUGCAGCCAGGCAUUGGAGCUAAAGCAGCCAAGCUAGGGCUUGGGCAAAGAGACUCUGCUGGAUUCUUACCCUAUUAUCAACCUGGAUCCCCUUGUGCAAUGGGAAAAUAUUGUGGCAGAAGGAGAAAAUAAGCAACUAUUUGGAAAAGAAGUGACCUCAAGAAUUCUGGUGCUACUGCCUGAUUUGGAAUGUAAAGGAUGGUGUGUAAUGGAACUCCUCGGCUCCAUCCCUUUCCCUCAGCUACACCUCUAUCCCCUAAUUUCAUCUGCAUUCGUUAUCAAUAUCUAAUGGAUUUUUUUAUCAAGGAAAUUCUGUAAUAUGUUGUCUGCUUCAAGAGCUUAGAGACCAGUUUACAGCUGAGUCUUUUGCUGUUAAUCUCAGUAUUAGUUAACACCAUCCUUGACUUGAUUUGUUUUGUUUUGUGACUCUGACUCCAGUAUUUUUAAAUUAUAAAAAUGGUGUUAUUAAUUUUCAGUUGCUUGUGCUUUGCUUUACAAACUGUACUGUGAGUGAUGCCUGGAUUAUACAGCUGGGCAGUAGCUCCAUCCAUCCCACCAUAAUUUUUGGUGCUAAAAAUCUAUUUUUGAGAGUGGCAGCUGUAUUCAUACAAAUGAUGGCUCAACCUGACGAGUGGGGCCUGAAGUGACCAAUGCAACUUUCACAUAUUGUAGUUCUACGUGUUUGUGCACAUGGCCACCAAGACUUUGCACUUGGAGGCCAAAUUACCUUCCUGGCCAGAAUAUUCCUGGAGAGGUUGAUUUGAUGAAUUUUGAAGUUUAUGCAAGCUGAGAGACAUUAGGACAAAUUUUCCUUGUCUUCCACUCAGGCUUCUGAAUUUCAUAUGCACAACAAACAAGGGAUAAAGUGCCAGCUAUUUUACAGGUGUGUGCUUCUCCUCACCUGAUUUUCCUGUAUCCAUUGCACAUACAUGAUUCAAUAGCCCCAGGUUCGGGAUCAGGAAAAUCUGCCGCAGAGUAAGAAACCAUUAAUUCCUUCACCAUUGGCGUGGUGUGGCCAGGGUUUUACUACCUCCAGGAUCAGGAUUGUUCAAUAACCUCCAUAUGUUUCAACAAUCUGAUUACCUCCACAGCUGUAAUUAACUAAGAUUUUUAUAUUAUUGAUGUCCUCUUGGAAUUCUUCAAACUAAUUUAAUUACAUAAAAUGUAUCCAAGGAAGAUUUUUAAUGUUGAAAAUGAAUAACUUUCCAACCAGUCCCAGAUUAGAAAUACAAACAAGUUAAUUGUCUUGCUGUUAAGAGACUGACCACUGUACAUGGUACAUGGUGUUAUAAAUCCCUGUGGCACUACAUUAUAUUUUGGACAUCAACUUUGAAAUUAAUUGUUUUGAAAUGAGAGGUUAUUUAAACAAUUAUGCACAAUUAUUGAAUUGCAUGCAAAUUGGAGCUGUCUGACUUGUGAAAAUGCAGAAGCCCACCAAAGCCACACUUGUUGAUCCUGUCCUAUCCCUCUGUAUUCUGAUUCUUUCCUCUGGCUCCACUCUCUAGCUCUAUUUUCUUUCUUGCUCUAUCUUGUACAUGGUCGAAAUUAUGAUUUCAAUUUGCUUGAAAAUAGUGCGGAGAGCAACUUGAUAUGAGCACCGUAAGUGUUCAGAGAAGCAAAUGCUGAUCAGUUUCUACUUUUAUUGCAGCUCACCACUGUCCUGCAACUCCUUCUAAUAAAUGAGAUUGCUUGAAGUUAUGCUGUCAUAGGUAAAACUUUACAUCAGUUCUGUUGUAAUAAGCACUGUAGCAGAACUUGAGCCCCAACAUUAAUGCAUUGCUUCAGAUUUGGUGUAAUGACCAUCCGCUGUAUCUUUGUAAACUAUGUGACUCAAUCACAGGAUGGAUAAUAAUUCAGUAACUGCUUUUAAA